AUACAUUUUCCCCCUCUAUAGUUAAGAAUUCAGAACAUCUUUCUUGGAAGUGAGGGAAUCUUUCCCAUUCCUUGCAAUUUCCAGAACAAUGUCUGAUGACUCUGAGAGGACUCCUCUCCUCCGUCAUGAUAUCAUUACCCCAAGUGCCCCACCUGAAACAGGAGGAGAUGAGUUCCCUCCCCCUUAUGGUUCAGCCACAUCUGAGCCUGGCAUGAAUGUGGUCACCUGCCGUGUGUGCCAGGCUCUGAUUGAUAUAUCCAGCAAGAAAGAGCAGCAUGUUGUCAAAUGCACCCAUUGCCAUGAAGCAACUCCAAUCAAGAAUGCUCCACCUGGUAAGAAGUAUGUCAGAUGCCCAUGCAAUUGUCUACUCAUCUGCAAGGCCACAUCUCAGCGAAUUGCUUGCCCACGGCCUCAUUGCAAGCGUAUCAUCAAUCUUGCUCCUCCGCCCUUGCCAUCUUCUCUUCCUACAAUGCCUGGGAUGUGCCGAGUAACAUGUGCACACUGCCGUGAUUCUUUCUUGUUGAAUACCCUGAAUACUGUUCUUGCCCGAUGCCCACACUGCAGAAAAGUGUCUUCAGUUGGCCCAGAUGGAUCCCGUAACCGAGGCAUUCUGUUUCUAAUAAUUGGACUGAUAUUCCUUGGGAUUGGCUUGGGAGUCACGCUUGGGACCUAUCAAAGUGCACUCAAGCAUGGUGGUAUCUACCUGGUGUAUAUUGGGGCAUUCAUCGUGGCAGUGUUGGCUCUCAUCAGAUUCCUCUACUACUGCACCAUGAAAGUGAGCUUCAUUGAAGGACCCAUGUGAAGCUCAGUUGUGAUCCAAGGAAUGGGAGGGGACAGAAUCCAUUCAUUCCAAUUGUGCAUGUCUGGGGAGAUUGAUCUGCAUGAAACACCCUGCAUGAUGAAGAGUCUUGAAUUUGGCAACAGCCUUCAGUGUGCAUUUUAAGGGAGACAAGCUCUACUUAUGUUUUUUUUUGUGCCAAGUUGCUUGUACUUGAGCUGUACCUUCUAUAUUUUCCAUAUUCUAAUUUCUGGUACUGGAAGAAAACAGUACUGUUAUGGAUAAGGAAGAACUAAAAGUAUAAUGUGUUCAGGUUUUCCCUUUUUGUUCUGAAAUACCAUACUUGCUGUUCACUUGCAGUACAAUGCUUCCCUGUUAUAGGUCUGCCAGUGUCUUUCUUUAACCCAUCUUGUAUCCUGUAUCUUGUAUCUUCCAUUCUGUUCUCUGGUAUCCAGGAUGAUAUUCUGUAUAUCCUCAUAUUCGGGUUUAAUGCUGUAUCCGCACUUGGUUCUCUGUGGAUUGUCUCAAGAUCUGGCAUAUUCUAUGAGAAUCAUCUCUUUAUGAGCAUUGAGAUUCUGUGUGCUGGCAUUGUGAUGUUUCCUCUGCCUCUAGAUGCUUUUCUUGAGACCAGCUAUAUUUUUACUGGUGUAUUGACUGGUCAUGUCCUUGGUGGAUUCAUCCUUUUCUCUCAGGAGGAAUUGAAUUAGAACAAAAUGAUCAUAGUGUGAAAGCGUCCUGGCCAGCAAACUUUUUCUCUCUCACUGUUGGUUUCACAUUUAGGAGUAUAAAAUUGUUUUUAGUUACCAUGUACAGCCCCAUGCUCAAGGCCUGUCUGGUAAUUAUAUGCCUUGAACAGCAAUGAAUCUUGAAAUUUGUCUAUAUCCCAAACCCACUCUGCAGCUUUCUCAUAGCAAUUUCAGUCUAUGAUGUGUGAUACCUCUUGCAUUGACUGAGGGUAUUUGAACAAUCAGAUUGAAAUUUGAGUUAUUUGGCAGAGGGUAGGAUUCUACACAAUCAAGAAACUAGGCAAGAUUUUUGCUUGGGGCUCUUAUGUUGAGUGGAAUCUCAUCAUGCUGCUAAUUGCUGAUCACAGACCAGA